UGGGUUUUUAUUUAACCCGUAAGUAUUAAAAAUAGUUAAGAAAACCAACACAGAAAUGCCAAUAAAAGAGGAGAACUGGUUACACUAGACUCAAAAAAAUCAUAAUUUACCAACCCGAGAUAAAUCUUUUAAACAGUCUAUGUCAAAACUGAUGAAAGAUAUAAAAUAACACUGCACAGUCCAGUGUAAAUGUAGAAUGCGUCAUUAUACUUUACAGGAUCUGCCAGGAUAACAUGUCUUUGAGUUAUCAUCUGCAUUCACUUUCCGUUUCCCAGGUCAGUGAGAGACGCUUCCCAGAGGAGCUAAUCAGCGCCUCCACAAUGUUCCUGCUGAAAAGCACCACCUCACUAGGGAGCCAAUCAGGGACACCAUUCAAUUAUGCUGACAUGCUGAGAACCAUGGCAACACACGGUAACAGAUCAGAAAGAGUGUCAGCCUCCACGUCCUCUCCCACUCUUCCAACACCUACCUUGGACAUCUACUCAAGGUCAGGAGACUCAGUGGUCCUGGCCUGCCGAGCCCCCAGGGGCCACAGUGGCGUUGUGUUCAUGUUGUACCGUGACACCGAAAAAAUGGACUCGCGUGAACUACUCUACGCUGUGGAGCAGGUUCACUUCACCGUCAGGACGGAUGGACCAGAUUCAGGGCAGCGGCAUCUUUACUGCUGCUUGUACAAGAACCAAGAGGGACUGUACAGUCUGUUCAGCCCUUACUUGCAACUACAGGAACAAAGAGCUGACGCUCCAACUCCUCCCAUUUCUUCGUGUCCCUCUCCGGUCUUAUCCGUGCAGCCCUCCGAUGGUGCGGUGACACUGGGAGACACGCUCCACUUCCGAUGUAGCGUCCCCACUCACUCAAACCAGUUACAGUCCCAGUCUAGCAAACCUGCAAUGUUUCUUUUGCUGAGGGAGCAAACAGGGAGAACAUCUGUCAUCCCGCUGCGUCAGGCCAGCCAGGUGUCAAACCCUGAACCACAGCCAGGGGUUUUCAAUGUGGGACCAGUCAGAGGAGGCGAAGAGGGGCAGUACACCUGCCUCUACCAGAUCAACAGUAAAAAGGGAUUGGUGAACUCAUCUGUCAGCAAUGUGGUGCAAGUCACGAUUAGAGGUGUGCUUCCUAUGCCCUCCCUGGUUCUCCAGCAGCAGACAGACGUGUGGCAUUUGCUCUGCACAGGAUCCCCUGCAUAUCCUGGUUCUAUGUUCUCACUCUACGCUGCUGACAGCGAACUUCCUGUGGCAACUUACCGUGCAAAAGCUUUGCAACAUCAGGUCACAUUCCCUGUGCCUGUCCAGGAUUCACCAGUGACCUUUUAUCAGUGCCAGUACAGGGCUCCGUUGGGAAGCACAUGGAGCCUCUCGGGUAGAAGCGUCCCUCUGGUUUUAACUACAGGAAAUUCCCCUCCAACAUCAAAAGGUGUGGACUGGCCUCUCAUACUGGGCUCCUUCUCUGCAGCCUUAUUAUUUCUCUGCUCGGCGGUUUUUGUGGCUGUGCUGAUUAAGAGAAAAGCAAAAGCAGCUGCCAAGGAAAAGAAGAGAAGACAACAAGCACAGUUCUGGACUAAAGUGCACGCUCGAGACCACGUUGUUGAUCUUACUGUCAGGCGUACAAGUUUUGAUUCUCAGGAAUGGGCCUGUGGGGAAACAGAGACACCCUCCAGAUCUUCUCUGUGGAACCCCCUCUCUACUUUCACAACCCCAAUGCAUUAGAAAUGUUUAUUUCAUAUCUACCUGAGUGUGUGUGUGUGUGUGUGCGUGUGUGUGUGUGUUGGCGUGUGUGUAUGUAUUUGGGAAUUUACUCACGGUUUAUCAAUGUAGCAACAGUUGGUGUUACACAGCAUGACAGGAAGGGGACAUUUCCUGUUCUUACUUUUUUCUUUUAUGUGUAGGAGUUUUUGUAAGAUUAUUUCUUCGUAUAUGUUUAUUUGUUGUUACUAAGACUAUGAAAUUAAAUGCAGAGUUUACUAUCUUUUUUAUAAUGUUUACUGUACAUUUUGUAUUUUUCUCUAUGACUCUAAAGAUCCAUGCAUUAACAAAUUGGUCUAUAUGUUGCAUUUACUAGGAGGUAUAAGUGAAUUUAGAAAUGGACUGAUCAGA